AUGGCUGAUCAGCAUGAAAUUGAUCUCGAUUCCGUUAUAGAAAGGCUUUUGGAGGUUCGCGGAAGCCGUCCUGGUAGACAGGUUCAAUUAGCUGAAUGUGAAAUUCGAUUUCUUUGUAUUAAAGCACGUGAAAUUUUUGUUAAUCAGCCAAUCCUUUUAGAACUUGAAGCUCCUAUAAAAAUAUGUGGAGAUAUUCAUGGUCAAUAUUACGACCUUUUACGGCUUUUUGAAUAUGGAGGUUUUCCUCCAGAAGCUAAUUACCUUUUCCUUGGGGACUAUGUAGAUCGUGGAAAACAGUCUCUUGAAACUAUAUGUCUUUUGUUGGCAUAUAAAAUAAAGUACCCUGAGAAUUUUUUUAUACUUAGAGGGAACCAUGAAUGUGCAAGUAUUAAUCGUAUCUACGGGUUUUAUGAUGAAUGUAAAAGAAGAUAUAAUAUAAAAUUAUGGAAGACAUUUACUGAUUGUUUUAAUUGUCUUCCUAUUGCUGCUAUUAUUGAUGAAAAAAUAUUUACUAUGCAUGGAGGUCUUUCUCCUGAUCUUACAUCUAUGGAACAAAUUCGUAGAGUGAUGCGACCGACUGAUGUUCCGGAUACUGGUCUUUUAUGUGAUCUUUUGUGGUCUGAUCCUGAUAAAGAUAUAACGGGGUGGAGUGAGAAUGAUCGAGGUGUUUCAUUUACAUUUGGACCUGACGUUGUAUCACGUUUUCUUCAAAAACAUGAUAUGGAUCUUAUAUGUCGAGCACACCAAGUAGUUGAAGAUGGUUAUGAAUUUUUUUCUAAACGCCAGCUUGUUACAUUGUUUAGUGCACCUAAUUAUUGCGGAGAAUUUGAUAAUGCAGGUGCUAUGAUGAGUGUAGAUGAAAGCUUACUUUGCAGUUUUCAAAUUCUUAAACCAGCAGAGAAGAAACAAAAGUAUUUAUAUGGAGGUAUGGGAAGUGGACGUCCAGUGACACCUCCACGAAAACAGAAAAAUAAGGGCGGAAAAGCUUGA